UAACUCGAAGUGUCUUCUUAAGCCGCUUACGAAACAGAAACUCCAUAUUUAACAGCAAAGUAGAAGGAGGGGAUAAAAGAGGUGGAAGCGAAGAGAGAUUACCAUUAGUCCCCAAUAUCGAAUCUUACUUAUAUUAUACUUAACGGGUGUUUUCUCGUUUAAAAGAGGUCUUAUAAGCGCUAUGGGUCACCCAUUCCACCCAGAUGACUUCCCCAUCAACGAGGAUGUAGUCCUCCAACCAACUCGCGUCUUCUUCCUUAAGGGAUGCGUGCACUUCAAGACGGACGCCAAGAUCAUCGAUCUGACGGGCCAAAUCCGGGCUCCCUUCUCGGGAGACUUCAACCACGCGUUCCUAGACGAAACGGAGCAAGCGGCGCAGAAGCAACUCCAAAGCGACCGCUCGCCGGCCUACGAGAUCAGGUCCUCGGGGAACAUGAUGCGCACGCUGAAGACGAUGGUGGACGGGCGGUCCGGGGGCAAGGUGUGCGACCUCAACAUGACGUUCGUGUCCUUCGACUCGUCGCGCGUGCGCUUCCCGCCGGGCAGCAAGCACUCCCGGCACGAGAUCGAGAUGUGCCCCGUCGGGGGCAGCGCCAAGGGCGAGGACGACAAGCACGAGGCGUUCGUCAAGAACAGCAUCCCGUACUUCUGGGACAUGACGCGCGGCCGCGUGGGCAUCCUGUACAAGUGCCUGAACCAGAAGCGCGUCGAGGUCGCGCGCGUCGCCGGCUUCGGCUUCGACAAGGACGCCGUCCUCGUGCUGAACGCCGAGGAGCUCGAUGAUGCGGUCGCUAUCUCGACGUGUAUCAUCUUGUUGAAUGGGCGGGAUGCUAUGGAUGCUUGAGCAUUAGGUACCUCUUAAUCUCAGCAAGGGAGGGAAGGGGGGCAAACAAAAAAAGGGGGGGAGGGGGAGUGAGUGUGUUUGCACGUUGGUCAUCUGGUUGCCUGGGAACGAACGGUGCGCUAGAUGCCAGACGCCAGGAAGAAAAAGAAAAAGAGAGAAAAAAAACUGCACCCCGUCGCACGAAAGGUUAUGAUGUCCAAAAUCAAUUCGAGCUUGUUGAGGUCUCGGGACGCCAAGGCCUCAAUAGCUCAAUGUAUACCAUCUCGAGCUUCUCCCCUUGCUUGGGCCUCCCCACCCGCCUUGGUUCGUCCCCGCGCAUACGAAUGCUGGAGUACUGCUAUAUGCAGUACAUAAGUACGGCCAUGGGAUUAUGACAAGAACGCC